CUCAGAAGAGCAAAAACACGAGAGAGAGUGAAUUCAUAGAGCUCCGGUUUUUUGCACAAAACCGAUGAGCAACAAAAUUAGAAUGGCUGUUUUAUCCUGGAGGCGACCGGCUGAUAGUCUGCUGUGCGCAAUACGAGGCAGUGCCGCGAACGUCUUAAAGAGAGCGACCUAGUCCGCGACUCAGCCAGAUCGGUAACCCUAAUUUUUCUGUUUGGUUUCUAACAUUUUUAAGACGCUCGGUGGCUGUCAUAGUAUCGAACAGGAACCGAUUCUGGCUCGCGUGAGUUCGCCGAUCCAGCUAUCAAUUCCCCGUAACCAAUUUCAUCGCCCCACUUUGACGUCCUCAUUCUCUUCUCGUUCAAUGGCGUUGGCACCGACAGCAGCCCUGACCCGAGACCAGUACGUCUACUUGGCGAAGCUCGCUGAGCAAGCCGAGCGCUACGAGGAGAUGAAUGGCUCUUCGUCGAGGAGCAGAAACUUCUCUCCGUCGCUUACAAGAACAUGAUUGGCUCCCUCCGCGCCGCCUGGCGUAUUGUAUCCUCGAUCGAGCAGAAAGAGGAAGGCAAGAGGAACGACGAGCUCGCUGUGCUCGUUAAGGAGUACAGGUCCAAAAUCGAGACCGAGCUUUCAGCCGUCUGCGCCGGGGUUCUGGCUAUUCUCGACUCCAAUUUGGUUCCCUCCGCCGCUAGCAGCGAGUCCAAGGUCUUCUACUUGAAGAUGAAGAAGGAUUUGUUCUCUGCAACGGAAUUCCAUCCCACGUCACCGUCGUCGGAGCCAUAACCUUGACAGAGCAGGACGCUCUCAGCAAGUUCAAUUUGCUUGGAAGGGCUUUACGGGAGGAAAGUCCAACAGAGAUGGCUUGACAUGGGGAAUGAAUUACUUGCUACAUUCUAAAUUUGAUUAGAAUCUCCAAGGGACGUCUGGUUAUCUAUCUUUGAAUGGUGGGUGGUAAUUCAAUUGACCAACCCAGCUAAUCCCGUGGGCAGACAGAGAUUUGGGCCAGCAAGCUGGCUCGGUCAUUGGGUCUUCCAUCUCGUCCCGGCCAAGAUUAAAAGACAAGCUUUGGGCCGCCAAUUUUGAUGGAUCUAGUGAUGGUUAAAUGACGAACUUUGGGCCAAUACUUUUGACUAACGCGGGCUUGCGUACAAGAAAAAAAAAGUUGCUUCAUGAACUCGCUAUUAGUUGCUGGCGGUCAUGAGGGAUUGGUUUAAUUCCAAUUCUCAAGCGAAACGAAGGCAUAGUCAUUAUCCUCUAAUAUUCUGAAGCUCAAGUAAAGUGCAAAUUGGGUCUGGUCCUUUUAAGCCCAGUCCGAAGCAAGAGAAAAGGAAAUUGGAUUGUUAUGAACAAGUGGUGGGCUUUGUUUCUGAUCAACAACAGAAUUGCCGUGGUGGUGUUUUAGUCUCUCCUAAGGAGCUCGAACUGGCAGCUUUUGAUGCUCCUGUUAUGUGGCUCGAUAAUAGCUUGGAAGCUGAGAAACAGAGAAGCUGUGCGUUGUGCAAGCUAUGAGCCACAAAAUCAACCGGGAAUGACUUCUUGAAAAGAGGUAAGAACCGAAACCUUACUUAUGAGUCAUUUAUUAAUGGCAAUAAGAAUCUACCAUAUGCAUGGAAUUGAGAAUCAUUAUGAAUGCUAGAAAUGAAAAUCUAUAAUUGAUGCAUGUUGACGUUGAGAUUUAUUACCUUGAUGAUUAGAAAUUGAAUACAUGUUGUGGAGUAUAAUGAUUUUGUUUAAAUGCAUGCAUAUGUGUGAAGAAUAUAUGGGAAUAUAAUGGUUUUAUUGCCCAUAAUAACGAUAUUAUAAGAAGUACUAUUAUCAGUACUACACGAACCACUUAGGUUGCUGUGAAACAUUAAAGUUUCAAGAAUGAGAGCAGCAAGCUGAACCAGAUCCACACCAAUUAGAAUGGUACCCAUCGUGGUACCAUAAGAUUGUCACACAAUUCUCUAAGAAUGACGAUAUGUUUCUCAAUUAAAUUUGAGAAGAACUAGGUCAUAUGACACGAAAGUGUUAGAGCAAGUUUAACAAAGUAUUGUGUUAACUUGAUUAAAGAAGAGGAUUUGGCAAUAAUAAUCGCUUAGGUGAUGACAGAGGUUAGCCUUAAUGGUAACUCUGGAGAAUGGUUGUUGGAUACUAGCGCCCCAAAGCAUGUGUGUGAUAGACGAUCUAAGAUGGAUUAUUUUUUGGACGUGGGCGUCCUUGUAAAGAAUUAGAAUAUCUAAAGUCACAUUCCCAUAUUAUUCUCGAACGCUUGAAAUAAAUAAAAAUUUUGUAUCCAAGCAAAAUGACCCAUAAAAUAUGUGGUUAGAGAAUCAGAAUCAAUAAAUCUGAUUUAUGUUG